CCAAUCGUAAUCGCGUUAUUACGUGCUGACUCCUAAUUGUCACUGUCAUCACAUUUCUCUCUCGCUCUCGCCUCGCCGCGAUCCUCUCGUCAGAUAUGGAUAACAGUUCAGAGUCAGAGGUGAGUGAGUCUGAGAUAGCUGACUACUCCGAGAAGCCAUACAAGCAACUUCGUGACGGGGACUUGAAAGUUAAGCUAAAGGAAGACACUUUCAAGUGCCCUUUUUGCGCUGGCAAGAAGAAGCAACACUACAAGUACAAGGAGCUUCUUGCUCACGCCACUGGUGUUGCUAAAGGUUCCGCCACUAGAAACGGUAAACAGAAGGCUAAUCAUUUAGCCUUGUCAAAGUAUCUCAAGAAGGAGCUUGCUGGUGAUGCUGAGCCUCCACGGCUCCAGCUUACUCUGUACUCGGGGAAGCAGAGCCAAGGUGUUGUGGAUGAUGUUUAUGUCUGGCCUUGGAUGGGGAUUGUUAUGUGCCCUGUGAGAGGUGAUGAUGACAAGGAUUUGGUGAUUGAUUCAGCGUAUUGGUUGAAGAAGCUUGCGAGGUUUUAUCCUCUGGAGGUGAAGACGAUUUGGGUUGAGAAGGAUGAGGUAGUUGUUGUUAUCACUAAGUUCGAGAGUGGUAUGAGUGGGUUCAAGAGGGCUGCUGAGCUUGAGAAGGAGUAUGAGAGUAAGCGUUGUGGUAAGAAGGAGUGGAAUUGUAGAACAGGAGAUUGGAGGUUUAGGACUUAUGGUUGGUGUGCGCGUGCUGAUGAUUACAACUCUCAAGGGUCGGUAGCUGAGUAUCUGUCAACGGUAGGGACACUGAGAAGCUUCUCUGAGAUCUCCAAGGAGGAAAUGGAGAAAUCUAAUGUUGUUGUGGAUGAUCUAGCAAACAAGAUUGAAAUGAAGAAUGAGGAUUUGAACAAGGUCCAGUACAAGUAUAACGAGAAGACCAUCUCUCUGAAGAGGGUUCUCAUGCAAAAAGACACGCUGGACCAAACUUAUAAAGAAGAAACAAAAAGGAUGCGGGAGCUUUCGCAGCACAACAUCGACAGGAUCUUAAAAGAGAAAGAGAUGCUGAGCAGGAAACUGGAGUAUAGGAUGAAGGAUCUGAGUACUUGGUCCAAAGAAUUGGACAAGAAGCAAGCGUUAACUGAAUUGGAGAGACAAACGCUUGAGGAAGAGAAGAAGAAGAACGAUGCCGUGAACUCCUCUCUCCAGUUAGCUUCACUUGAGCAGAAAAGGACGGAUGAUCGUGUACUGAAACUUGUGGAAGAACACAAGAGGAAAAAAGAGGAGGCGUUGGAGAAGAUCCGUAAGCUUGAGAAGGAGUUAAACGACAAGCAGAAACUUCAAAUGGAGAUUCAAGAGCUAAAAGGAAAGCUGAAAGUCAUGAAGCAGGGGGAAGAUGAAGAUGAUGAGGACGUUAAGAAGAAAAUGAAAGAGAUGAAUGAAGAGCUGGAGGAGAAGUGCUCUGAGUUGCAAGAUCUUGAGGAUACUAACUCCGCCCUCAUGAUAAAAGAAAGGCAAAGCAAUGAUGAGAUACAAGAAGCACGUCAAGAAUUGAUUAAGGGAUUGACAGGAAUGUUGAGUGAUCGAACCAACAUCAGAAUAAAGCGGUUGGGAGAACUUGAUGAAAAGCCAUUCAUGAAAGCAUGCAGAGAAAGAUUCAAAGGCGAAGAAGCUGAUAUGCAGUACGCCAUGCUUUGCUCAAAAUGGCAGGAAAGCCUCAAGGAUUCAGGAUGGUAUCCAUUCAAACGCGUGGGGACUGAAGACAAAAUGAAGGAGGUGGUGGAUGAAGAAGAUGAGCAACUUAAGAGCCUGAGAGAAGAGUGGGGUGAAGAAGUGUUGGAGGCAGUUAAGACAGCACUGGAGGAGCUGAAUGAGUAUAACCCAAGUGGACGCUACUCAGUCCCAGCACUGUGGAAUUUUAAAGAGACAAGAAAGGCAACACUGAAAGAAGUGAUCGAAUACAUGACGGUGCAGAUUAAGAAUCUCAAGAAUCUCAAACGCAAACGAAAGUGAAUAGGAAGCAGAGACGCUGGAGGAAGAAUGAAAACGUGGUCGUUUUAUUAGGAAAUUGAUAAUUUAAGAACCUAUGUUGUUUCCAACUAUCAACAACAAUGUUCUUGCAGUUUCUAGGUGACGUUUGUGAGUGUGUUCUAAACCACAGACACAGUUUAUCAAAACCCUAGCAGUUAAAUUUAUAUAAAAAUAUUAUUACCUAAUUUAUUAUUUUAGGAAUAAUGCAAAAAAGAAAAUUGUAACA